AUGCAUGAUUUGCUUCGAGAUAUGGGCAGAGAAAUCGUACGUGAAAAAUCCCCUAACAUCACCAGAAAACGUAGUAGAUUGUGGGAACCUGAAGAUGUAAAAGACGUAUUGAGGAGCAAAUCUGGAUCAGAGGAGAUUGAAGGGCUUACUUUAGAUUUGCAAGAUCAGCAGGAUAGCUUCAGUGCAAAAGCAUUAGAAAGGAUGCAGGGACUCUUGUUGUGUUGGCCUGAGUGUCCUCUAAAAUCCAUUCCACAAGAUUUCAAUCAAUCAAACAUGGUUGAUAUCGACCUGAGUCGUAGCUGCAUAGAAGUUCGGAAGGAUUCGGACGUGACACUUGAGAAGUUGAAGUUUCUUAAUCUUGGUGGUUGCAAUCGCCUGAAAAGAUUUCCGGACUUUUUAAAAGUCCCAAAUCUCGAGAAACUGAUACUCGAAGACUGUAAGACUUUGUCCAAGAUUCUCCAUUCCAUAGUACAACUGAAAAACCUUGAAUACUUAUACCUUGCGGACUGCAAAUUAGCUGAUAGAGCAAUUCCUGAAGAUAUUGGGGGUCUAUCUUCUUUGAGAGGGCUGCCAACCCUCAGCUACCUUUCCAAGCUUCAAACUUUACAAUUGUCUAAUUGCUCAAAGCUUCUGGCAAUCCCAGAUUUACCAACUAAUUUGGAAAUCCUGCAAGCAGAUGAGUGCAUUGCAUUGGAAAAAAUGCCAAAUUUUUCACAAAUGUUGUGCAUGAGAGAAUUGCAUCUUAAUCACUCCCCCAAGCUUACUGAGAUUAUUGGCUUGGAGAAGUCAUUAUACUCCAUGACAAGAAUUCAUAUGGAAGGGUGCACCAAUCUCACUACUGCUUUUAAGGAAGCAAUCAUACAGGGAUGGAGUGCAAAUGGAAAUGGUGGCCCUUUUCUUCCUGGAAAUGAUUCUCCUCCAUUGUUUAGGCGUGUCAACCCUAAGGUUGAAAUAACUUCUUGUCUCCCAUUCCCAAAGUUUGUGUUGUGA